AUGACCGACCAAUACGCCAAGGACCAACCCGCUGGGUUCAGCAACCGCAUUCAACGCAUUGCUAUCGUCGGAGCCGGGGGAACCGUCGGAAAGCCCAUCACCGAGGAACUGCUUCGGACUGGACAGCAUAGCGUGACAGCCCUGACCCGCAUCGGUAGUACGAGCCAGGUGCCCGCCGGCGUCCAGUCCAUUACUGUGGACUACGACGAUGAGGCCAGCUUGGUGCGCGCUCUUCAGGGCCAGGACUGCUUGAUCAUCAGUCUCUCAGUGCGGACCCCUCGCGAUACCCAGUCAAAGCUGCUGCAAGCUGCCUCUCAAGCUGGGAUCCGGCAUGUGAUGCCUAAUGUCUGGGGUUGUGAUGUCACGCACCCGCCGUUAGCCGACAGCGGUCUCAACUGGGGAGGGUUUCGCGACCUCGUGGCCGGCAUCGAGGCCGAGGGCAUGGCGUGGACCGCACUGAUCUGUGGGUUCUGGUAUGAGCACAGCCUGGUACUGGGGCCGAGUGCAUUCGGCUUCGAUCUUUCCGCCAAGAAGCUCAUCCUGAACGACGACGGCAACACCAAGGUCAAUGUCAGCACCCUGACCCAGUGUGGCCGGGCCGUAGCUACCCUUCUGAGCCUUCCUGUGCUCCCAGAAGACGAACAAGAUGACCAGCUGACAAUGAGUCGGUGGCGGAACAAGCCGAUGUACAUCUCCGAUUUCCUGAUCACUCAGCGAGACAUGCUGGCAAGUUGGCUCCGAGUGACAGGCGAUACGGCAGACAGUUGGACGAUCGAACAGGAACCCUCCCAAAGUCGAUAUGAGCGCGGAUUGGAGUCGGUGAAGCAGGGCGACCAUGCGGGAUUAGUGCUGGCCAUGUACUCGCGGGUCUUCUUCCCUAACGGCGAUGGCAAUUACGAGCAGCGUCAGGGGCUAGACAAUGACCUGCUGCGACUUCCCACGGAAGAUUUGGAUGAGCACACGCGCGAGGCCAAGGUCAUGUUUGACCGGGGAUAUAAUUAUAUGACAAACCGUAAUUGA